AUGAACGGCGCGAGCGCCGGCUCCGGCUCCGGCGGCGAGGGGCCGCUGGUGUACCAGGCCUGGAAAGGGAACAAUGUGUUUUUCCUCCAGGGGAGGUUUAUAUUUGGACCUGAUGCGAGAUCCUUGUUUGUCACCAUGUUCCUCAUUAUCGCUCCAGUAACAGUCUUCUGUGUGUUCGUCGCGAAAGAAUUGAUGAAUAGCUUCUCUUAUGGCCUGGGGUUACCGGUGAUGGUUGUGGCAGUUGUAUUCACGGCAUAUGAUUUGAGUCUUCUAUUUCUCACUUCUGGGAGGGAUCCAGGAAUCAUACCUCGAAAUGCACAUCCUCCAGAACCUGAAGGUUUUGAAGGCAAUGCUGAAGUUGGAGCUAACCAGACUCCACCAUUGCGUUUGCCCCGAGUGAAGGAUGUUGUUGUGAAUGGAAUCACUGUGAAGACAAAGUACUGUGACACCUGUAUGCUGUACCGGCCUCCUCGAUGCUCCCAUUGCUCUAUCUGCAACAACUGUGUCGAGCGAUUUGACCAUCACUGCCCAUGGGUUGGGCAGUGCAUAGGACUUCGGAAUUACAGGUUCUUUUAUAUGUUCGUCUUCUCGACGACUCUUCUCUGCCUCUAUGUCUUUGGAUUCUCCUGGGUGUACAUUAUUAAGAUCAGAGAUGCGGAGCAGAUAACAAUAUGGAAGGCAAUGGCAAAGACCCCUGCGUCUAUUGCUCUGGUUGUCUAUACGUUUAUCGCGGUUUGGUUUGUUGGUGGCCUCUCAGUGUUUCACUUGUAUCUCAUGAGCACUAACCAGACAACAUAUGAGAACUUCAGGUAUCGCUAUGACCAACGGGCCAACCCAUACAACAGGGGAGUCGUGGAGAACAUCAAGGAGAUCUUCUUCACGCCGAUCCCUGCUUCCAGGAACAACUUCGGCGCCAGAGUUCCACAGGAGCAGGGCCUGAGGCCUCGCUCGACGAACGGUUUCAUGAGCCCAAACAUGGGGAGAGCUGUCGGCGACAUCGAGAUGGGCAGAAAGCCGGUGGCAUGGGAUGAGCCCAGGAUGGCAGCUGAGAUAGGCGACCUGGGAGGUCUGGGCAACUUGCUGGAGGACAAGGAUGGCAGGUUCCGCAACGCAUCACCAGAUCUAAGCCGUGACGCCCUCGUGGUUGGAGGCUUGGAUGAGCAAGGCUCCUCGGUGAUGAACCCACCACGGACGAGCUGGGGAGUCGAAGCGGGCAGGUGA